CACCUUCAUCGUCAACUUUGCGAUUGCAAAAGGAAGCGCCUUUAGUUUACCCAGAAAUAAAUUUAAGAAUAUUUAAAAAAUAUUGAACAAAAACCUACCCUGAUUUUCUUUGGUACUCAAAGAUGAGCUUUGAUUUGAUCUUUUGGGUACUCUGUUUUUUCUUUGAUUUGGCUCUCCUCUCCUCCAAUUUCUAUCAGCUGGUGAUCUUAUCAGAUUUGGAGGCAGACUAUUUAAAUCCUUUUGAAUCAUCUUCUCGAAUUAACUUCUUGAUUGUCCCUGAAUUCAUUGUCCAUGGAGUACUCUGUGCUAUUUUCCUCUUGACAUGGCACUGGCUCUUGUUUCUCAUUACCCUCCCCCUUGCUUGCUAUAGUGCAAUGCUGUUUGUAAACAAAAGGCAUCUCAUUGAUGUUACUGAAGUGUUUAGGGCUUUAAGUGGUGAGAAGAAGUUUAGACUUAUCAAGCUCGGUUUUUAUCUGUUCCUUCUAUUUAUAAUCAUCUUCAGGCUUAUCUUAUCUGCAUUCAACUCCUUAACUAGUGACGAACAUUACGUGGAUCUAUUUUGAUUAACCACUGCUCGAACCACUUGAUAGCAACUCAUUGUAAGUUAGAGAUCCUAUUUUUUUUUAAUUAUUAUUUUUCAAUGUGUUUAAAUUCUAGCUCAUGGGAAUACUUUCAUUACAGCUCAAAUUAGAAAAAGUUUUUUAAGUUUAGUCAAAGGGUUGGGCAAGUAGAUAUUUUUCAAUAGCAAAAGUGUUCCCAUUGAUGACAAAGUAGAUAUUUAUAUGUAUUCUAAACUCAAGAGUGAAAAUUGAAUAUGAUUUUUUGUUUCCAUUA